UUCAGCUUGCAGCAGUGACGCACUGUGAGCUCAGAGUUAGCCAGCUCCGUGUUUAUGUGCCACACACACACGCACAGAGGAGCCGGGGAGAGAGAGAGAGAGGGGGAACCUCAACACCGGCUUUGUGGUUUUUAUCCAUUGCCAAGCUUUUUAAUUACACCUGCUAAUCUAGUCGCCUGCAAUCGAUUAUGCUCGUCUCUGAACACUGAUUUUCACUCCGUUUAUUCACCAAACCGAUCAUAUGUACAUAGACGAAUACAUUGAAGAAGAUGAGGAACCACCUUUGCUGCUCAGCUAUUGUCCUCCUCGCGCUGUUUGGCUGUGGAGGGACUGCAGCGGUGCAGUCUCGGUGUGGGAAAGGGUGUGCGUGUCUGCAAUGCCCGGCAGGCCAGGAGCCUUCCAAGGCUUGUGGGCAGAUCCAGAGUCCAGCUGAAGAAGUGCAUUGCCAGGUGUGCCCAGCUGGAACCUUUUCAGACGCACUGGACUCUGAGGUUUGCCGUCCACACACCUCCUGUAAGAUCCUCGGCCGAAAGCUUGCAUCCUCUGGCAACGGGACCUCUGACGCCGUCUGUGGUCACUGUCUGACUGGGUUUCACUCCUCUGCCGCUGGGCAAGUUUCCACCCAAAGUCCCUGCGUGAAAAAAGGGUUGCAUGUCAGAGUGGUCCGUAAUGUGGGUAACGGUCAGUCUGGUGGAGCAGGAGGACCGGCCAACAGCACAGUGGUGCGCAGCGCUGAGGAAAAGACAGCAGAGUACGCCGUGUUUGCCCUGGUGCCCGUCUUCUGUGUGAUGGGCCUGCUGGGUAUCCUCAUCUGCAACAUCCUAAAGAAAAAGGGAUACCGCUGCACCGGUGAGAAGGAGGGAGGAGAUGAAGAGACUGCCACACCGCAGAAAGAAGGUAACACCUGUCCCUACAUAUCCGAUGACCUGAAUGAAGACACCAUCAGUGUUCUGGUUCGCCUCAUUACCGAGAAGAAAGAAAAUGCUGCUGCGCUGGAGGAACUGCUGCUGGAGUACGAGACCAAAGAGAUGGCUAUGAGCAAAGGCUCGUCAAUCAAGUUCCCGAUGCUGUCUCCCUUAUCCCAAUUCCGCUCCCUUCCCAGGCUCUGCCCUCAUCAGUCUCACCACCACACCAUCUCCGGCCUCUCUGGCCUGGCCCCCAGACAUGGUUACCGAUGCACCCGUUGCGCCCAGAAAAAAUGGCCCCCUGUUCUCAUUCCACCCCUGGAUUCUCUCAAAGAUCCCCUGAAGCCCCCCCAGAGUCUCAUCCUGCCCUCCCUGGACACAUCCUCCGACCAGCAGAAGAGCCCCCUGCUGGGUGGAGAGUGCAUGAAUACACACCAUACACAAGCCGCUGUGCCAAAAACUGUACAGGAGAAGAUGGAAGGAAGUGAAGUGAAGGAGAAAAAGGAAGGAGAGCUCACAGUAUUGUCUGUAGGAAGAUUUCAAGUUGCUCAGAUCCCGGAGCAGAAGCCAUGCACAGUGGAGACCAAGAGAGCAUCCCAGGAGCAAAGGAACUCCUUCUUCGGUGGGAAGUCCUUCUCCUUGUCUUCCUCAUCUGGCAUCCGGAGGUGAAGGGACGAUAUUGCUACCUCGCUGAAGAUGACCUCAUUCACCGGCGACGGCUUGACCCGCUGACACCAAGGGUGUUUUAUUUAGUUGACUGACACCGAUAAACCACAACCACCUGCUGCUGGAAGUAGUUGUUUCUAAUAAUGCAAUAAUAGGAAUAUAACUGUAUUUAUUAUUACAUAGGCAGGUUAUUGUAUUUUAGACGUAUCGGAUGCCGCAUCAGAGGCAUCACAGCUACAUCCGAACAGAAACGGGUCGCGAGACAUGCAAGGACAGAGCGGUUAACAAUAACUGACACUAGAAAGAGGGAAGCGUGUAUUAUACACAAAUGCACUCCCGGACUUUUUUUUUUUUUUUAAAAAGGAGUGCUUCCAUUUAAAAAAAAGAAAAAAGAAAACAACAAAAAUAAUAAUAAUUUAUAAGAAUGCACCAUAAAAAACAGAAAAUCUCCGCCUAUCAGCCUGUGGUUUGCAACAUCAAUGAGCAUAUGAGUUUUUUAGCACCACAGUUGGCUAAUAAGCCAAAUAAAAAUAAGAAAUCUGGAUCAUUUGACACUUCAUUAUUUAAAAAAAGGUAUGUUUUAAUUUUAUUUUAAUGUUAUAUGUUUAAAUAAUUAAAUAUAAGUAAUUUUGCUGACACCAAAACUGAGGAGGUUUCAGACCUCACUUGCUCACUCAGUUAAAACCUUUUAGAGUAAAAAAUAAAACCAAAUAAAAAUGGCGAGAUUUACAUUUUCGGGAUGUACCGAUUUUUCUUUAAGAGGGGCACCUCAGGCUAUAUCGGAGCAUUUUUAAUGACGCCGCAGCCCAUUGGCUCAUUCCCAGCUGCUGUCGUCAUUAGAGUGAAAGAGUAGUUACAGGGGUGGGUCUCGCUUUUGUAGAAGAAAACAUGUAAAUAAACAUGUACAUAUGUAAAUAUGGGUGGGUUUAGACAAACAUGGCGUUUUGUAAUUUUAAAGUAUGCAUGAGGUGAUACGUUAGAUCCCUUAUAAUGGGAAAGACAACUGCACUGCACCAGCGAGUGACAUUUGUGGUUUAUCAUUUUAAAAAAAGGAAAAAGUUAGAAAAAAACCCAGCAAAUGCUACCACACUACCAUGCAUAAGCCCGAAGGCUGAAGUGCAGCAUAAGUUUAACAUGAUAUUUGUUAUUUUUCUAUCAUUUGGGUGCAACAUCUCAGUGCUUUUUCCUUCAGCUGUUACAGUUUCCUCUUCUAUUCAUGAAAACACUCUAUAGCUAUGCAAUCUUCAAAAUUCAAAGAAACCACUUCUAUAAACACACACACACAGACACACACGCACAUAUUUAUUUUUUUAUUUUAUUUUAUAGUUUAAUUCAAUAAACCCACCAGUGGCUGCAGAGAAUUAGCGGUUUAAAUGCCUCAGUCAUGCGAGCUCAGUUGGCUUUAGUUUACAUCCUCCUGGGUUUUCAAGCGUGUACUAUAAUGAUAGAGGCUUUUUUUAACUGCUCAUUUUCAUAUUUUCUUAUUAUGUUGUGACAAGGAAUAUGACAGUAUGUCUGGAGGGAAGGGUAUUUAUUGACUGCGUUACAUGUUUUCUUUUGAUUUGUUUUUAGUAACUUUCUCACUCAGACUACAGUUAUCAUGAAACGUAUUCAAGCUGAAGUGUUGCUGAAAAGAGGGAAGGAUUUAAAUAUUCAUCUCAUCAGCUUGCAUGCAUUUAUAUAAUAUUGCAGUUUUUUCCCUGUAUGAUGUUUUUACUUUUAAAAUAAAGAGGUAUUUUAAAUGCUA